UCGUUAUUUUUCGCAUAUGUUUCCGUACAGUUAACAGUGAUCGUCGGCUUGAUUCAUAUUUGUCGUUGAUUAAAAGUUCUGAUUUCAUUGUAGUGAUAUAGACAGAUAGUGGAUUUGAUUGGUCUCACAAUGGCAGAACGCGGAAACGUUCAUCUGCAAAAAUCCACCAAAGAGAAAAUAAAAAAAUUCAACCAGUUGAGAGGUAAAGAAGUUCAGACUAAUGAAUUCUGGGAUCUGGUGGUCAUUACUGCCGUGGAUGAGGACCAGAGGUCUGCUUAUGAAAUUCAGAUCACUGAGAAACUGGAGAGGAAAGAACUGCCCCUUGGCAUCAGUUAUCAUGUGUUUGCAGAUCCUCCAGGAUGCAAGAUUGGUAAUGGUGGGUCCACAUUACAUUCACUGCAGUUUCUUCAUGAUAAAUAUGGCAAGUCACUGUCUGGAUUUAAAGUCAUCCUAAUUCAUGCAGGAGGAUUCAGUCAACGUUUACCCAAUGCCAGUGCCCUGGGUAAAAUAUUCACAGCUUUGCCCCUGGGAAAGCCUUUAUAUCAGAUGCUGGAGCUUAAACUUGCAAUGUAUGUGGAUUUCCCUUCACACAUGAAGCCAGGAAUUCUGGUUACCUGUGCUGAUGAUAUAGAGCUCUAUAGUGUUCCUGACCAAGAGAACGUUGUGUUUGAUAAGUCAGGUUUUACUGCCUUAGCACAUCCCUCCCCUCUCUCUGUUGGGACCACACAUGGAGUUUUUGUUCUAGAACCAGCAGAGACGCCCAGUGUCUGUGACAUGGAAUAUAGAAAUUGCUCUCAAUUUUUGCAUAAGCCAAACAUCGAAAAGAUGCGCAUAUGCAACGCAGUAUGCAAGCGGGAAGGAGAGGAGUUUGUUUACACCGACAGCACUUAUUAUGUUGAUUACGGGACUGCUAUGACACUGCUGACCUUGUUAAGGGAAAUCAGCCCUCUCACAUGUGAAAUCGAUGCUUAUGGGGACUUUCUUCAAGCUCUGGGACGAAAAGCUACUGUGGAUUACACAGAAAACACAGCCAACGUCACAAAGAAGGAAAAAGGUCUCGUUGAGAUUCGCAGAAAGAUUUUCCGUCGUCUCAAAGGCACAGCACUUAACGUCAUCCUGCUCAACAACUCCAAGUUCUAUCAUGUCGGCACCACAGAGGAAUACUUGUUCCACUUUACCGCUGACCCCUGUCUCAGAGAAGAACUUGGCCUUCUCUCUGCCGCUUUCAGCGCGUGCGACUUGGAGCCAUUGGGGAAAACUAGAGCUUGCGUGAUGCAUAGCAUCCUGCAUCCCACUGUGACCGCAUCCCAGGGCAGUGUCGUGGAAUACUCCAGACUGGAUUCUAAGGUUAAAGUGGGUACUAGAUCUAUCAUCAGCGGAUGCUGGAUUGGCACGGAUAUAACGGUGCCAAGUGACACUUUCAUGCACUCUUUGUCUGUAAACCUGGAUGGAAAAACAGGUUUUGUGACUGUGGUUUUUGGUAUUCAAGAUGAUCUAAAGAGAAAUGUAUCCACCCCUGCUGAAAUGAAAGCUCUGAGUUUGUGUAAGGUUAAUCUGGAGGAUUGUGUUAGACUCUGGGGCUUGUGUCUCGAAAGGAUCAGGUUCUCAGGAGACACAUCCAUGUGCAGUUUGUGGAACACCUGCAUUUUCCCAGUGUGUUCCGAUUUAAAGGGUUCAUUUGUGAUGUCACUGGGGAUGGUAAAGGCCUUGGAGAGUGGAACCAAAUUCACUCUUCCCAAUAAUACCACACUAACCUCUUUACAGGAAACUCUACAGAACAAGAACCUGGAGGAAAUGCUGAAAUUUAGGAAAGAACUUUAUGAAGACAUUCUCGGGGGAAUUUAAGAAAUUCUGUUACCACUAACUUCGUUGCAUAAACUGCCAGUGCCCAA